AUGAGUAUGGAUAUAUAAAAUAUAGAGAAAAAUGUUAAAUAGAUGAAGCACAAUGCUCAUUCCUAAUAUAAAAUUAAAUAUAUGUCUGUGCUAAUUCAAUUCUAGAAUGUCCAAUAAAUAAUAUUGCUUUAAUCGAAAAGAACUCUGAAAUUAAAGAUCUUUAAUAUUUCAAAAAAAUAUAUUUAAAUGAACGUUACGAUUUAUUAAUAUCAAAUCAAUAUCCAAACAAAAGACCUAUUUAUAGUAUAGAAUUAAAAGAUGAAUAUAAUGAAAAUACUAUAUUAGUGGAAAAAAUAAUUACUUUAGAUCAAAAUCAAAUUAUAUAAUAUACUAAGUAAAUUUAUUGGUCUAAAAGAAAUCAGAAAUAUGAAAAUGAAUUAUUAAAAUGGUGGUAACAUGGAAGAUUUUACCAAAAGCAAGUAGUUUUUUAGUUUAUUCUAGCAUUUAUAUUCGGAUUAAUAGUUCAAAUUUGCCAUAGUUUAACUUCUUUGA